AUGGCGGAAAAUCAGACACCGGCGAUAGGCAUCGACCUCGGCACCACCAACUCGUGCGUGGCUGUCGUACGCAAUGGACGCGUGGAGGUCAUUGCUAACGACAUGGGCCACCGCAUCACCCCAUCGUGCGUUGCAUUCACGGAUGAAGAGCGCCUCAUCGGCGAUGCUGCAAAAGCACAGGCAGUGCACAACGCUGACAACACAAUAUUUGAUGCCAAACGUCUCAUGGGCCGUAAAUAUGAUGACGAAAAUAUCCAAAAACGUAUAGAACUUUGGCCGUUCAAUGUUGUGGAGUCUUCUUCUGGAGAUCCAAGAUUUCGCGUUGAAUACAAGAAUGAGACGAAAGAUUUUUCACCAGAAGAGAUCUCAGCAAUGAUUCUACAAAAAAUGAAAACCAUUGCCGAGACAUACAUCGGUUCUCCAGUCAAAGACGCCGUAGUUACAGUGCCUGCCUACUUCAACGACUCCCAGCGCCAAGCGACCAUGGAUGCGGGUAAGAUUGCUGGUUUGAACAUCGUAUCUCUUCUAAACGAGCCCACAGCUGCCGCCAUCGCCUACGGCUUCGAUCAAAAGAAAGACUUGAAGCAGAACAUCCUGGUGUUCGAUUUAGGAGGCGGUACUUUCGACGUAGCCAUACUCAGUAUGACAGAAAAUGAUUUUGAAGUCAUAGCCACUAGUGGUGAUACCUUUCUUGGUGGCAGCGACAUCGAUGAACGUUUGGUGGAACAUUUCAGCAAAGAAAUCAAGAAAAAACAAAAGAUGGAUAUCAAAGACGAUUCAAAAGCCCUGAGCAAACUAAGGAUUGCAUGUGAACGUGCCAAGAGAAAUCUUUCUUCGUCGAAGAAGGAACCCAUUCUGGUAGAUUCUCUUUUCGAGGGCAAUGACUUCAAGUCAUCCCUCAAUCGAGCUCGUUUGAUGGAAUUGUGUUCUGACCUCUUCAAGAAAACCAUGGAGCCGGUUGAUGCAGCUUUGACGUCGGCAAAAAUGACUAUUGAUGACAUCGACGAGAUUGUUCUAGCUGGCGGCUCUACCAGAAUUCCGAAAAUACAGGAGCUUCUAAAGGAGAAGUUUAAUAACCGCAAGCUCAAUCAGUCGAUCAAUCCUGAUGAAGCUGUUGCUUACGGAGCUGCUCUUCACGCAGCUUCUAAAACUGGUGACAAGACAAUUGAGAACAUAAAGUUCGUAGAUGUCACCCCAAUGACACUUGGGAUAAAUGUUCUUGGAAACUUGAUGAGCCGAAUUAUUCCACGCAACUCCAAACUUCCUGCGACUAGGAAGAAGAAGUUCGUCACUACUGUUGAUUAUCAGACAGGUGUGGAUAUAAAAGUGUACGAAGGAGAACAACAAAGUAGUGACGAGAACAACUUGCUGGGAGAGUUCUCUUUGGAAAAUAUCCAACCUGCUAAGAAAGGUGUCCCACAAAUAGAGGUAACUUUCGUUGUCGACAAGAAUGGAAUUUUGACUGUGACUGCUGAGGACACAGCCACUGGCAGCAACGAAGAGAUCGUCAUCCGAUGCAACAAAGGCCGACUACCGAAGCAUGAAGUCGAGCGAAUGGUCAUCGAAGCAAAAGAAUUCCAGAAAGAUGACGAAAAGAGGGAGAAGCUUGCAGCUGCUCGACAUGAACUGGAGACUCUCUGCGUUGAGUUAAAGGACUUGAUUAGCGAGCAGAGGGACCAAGAUCUGCUGGAAGAAGAUGAGUUGGACAAAUUCAUGAACGUUUGCUCGGAUACUGAGGAGUGGCUUGCCGAAAAUCAACAGGCAACGGAAGAAGAGUACCGUUCCCGUUACGAUGCUCUUGUUGAAGUCAAAGAGCGCAUACUCAAAAACUAAAUUUUUAGCCAAAGUUUGGUUUUCACUGCCUUCAUUUUCAGUAUAAAAUAGCAGCAAAGUCAACUGCAUGCAUCAGCAACUGCGAAGUCCUUUGUCGUGUGCUUUAGGAGUCUUUGGUUAUGUUUUUCAUUAUUGUAUUCAUCACUUGAAUUGCGUUAACCUUUUGUAUUUUGCAACUGCUAGACACCCUGCCUCUUACUUGAACUCUAAUUGGCACAUGAGUUAAUACUAGUGCAUAACAAAAAAAGGCUCCUUGAUACCAACUAUACAGGGUUUUGGGUGCUUUGAAACUCGAUCCUCCAACCAAAAUUUUGCGAGCCUCAAUUGCCAUUGAAAAAUUCUAAUUCCAAUAUUCAGAACGCUCAUUGAAAAUUUGAAUUAUUCGAAUUUAAUAUAAUAAAUAUAAGAAUAUUUGCCGCCGAUCAUUCCUCUCUAUUUUGGUAAGCAUUUAAAUAGCAGCCGUCAACAAAUUUUCUACUAUAUGUUAAUCGGACUAAUUAGCUUAAAUUUUUUUUCUUAUUAAUUUUCAAUCGUGUAUACGGUUCUAUAGGUUGAAGAUAAAAAUAUAAAAACAGCUCUGAAUGUAAAGUCCACUAUACUUUAAUUGAGAUAGUCGAAGCUUUAUCGUGAUUAGUCGCCUGAAUUCCGUUGCAUCUGUAAUUUGAAGCAUUUAUUACUUGCAAUCAUUUACAUACGGAUAAUAUUGUCAAUGCAUUUUUUCUUUGAGAAAUUCAAUCUUUGUUCCUCCAGUUUAACCUUAAAGGGAAAACCGAUUAAUUUUGUUGUGAUGAAAUAACUCAGUGAAACAUUUAUGCGAUUCUAAAAUACUUACGCUGUUAGUAAAGUACUUCAUCUCUAUAUACCGGUACACUUUUUCAACUCUGCAUGUGCAUUAAGCGUGUUCUGCCUUUCGCUCAUUGUGAGUUCCUUCUUAGGCGUAUAGAUCAGUUAUAUAAGUUUUUAUCUUUACUUUCAUUUUAAGAAUACCUUUUGAAAUUGACGUUCAUUUUAAUAAUCUUUAAUUUUAAGCUUUGCUAUCCUGCUUUAUAGAAUUUGAAUUAAAUCUGUUGCAAGUCUAUAGCAUACUUAAUUGUCUUGAAAUAAAAUAUGCUAUGGAAUUCUAAUCCA